AUGGAUCAACGCCAUCUUCCUGAUCCCUCCCAGUUCAGCCUUCAGGGCAGAUGUGGGGGGACCCUAGAGUCUGUCAUGUUUGCCGCUCAUCCUUCCAAGGUUGAAACCAACCAGGGAUUCCAAUUGGCACCUAUCAGGGAGCCUUUUUUCGAAUCGCACACUGCUCCAGGCGGUGUAGCAAUGUCAAGGCGCCCAUCAGAGGCAUCUUAUAUGUCCUCUGAUUGUUCGGAUUACAACCUGUCCAGGUCCGCAUCGCCUAUAAGUGGUUCUUUCCUUGAGUCUGGAUACGACAGUACAUCGCCAAUCAAUCGUAUCGCGAUGCGUUCGGCACAUCGCAGCCCAGAUCAGGCCAUAGCUCGACCAGCAGCCAAGGCUGUUCGUGUAAAGCGGACCGACCGCAAGCACUUCUCCAGGCUCAGGAACGAAGCCAAAGGCACCUUGCCCAAGUUCACCAAGGAGCAAGGAGAGGCUGGCCGCCGUUACGACCACAGUGUCUAUCUGGCACUCUUGCAGAGAGCAGGUUUGGACAUCUGCCCUGAUCUGCCUCAAGUGGCCGCUCAAGGCAAGAAUCUCAAGCCUGGAUGGAAGCCUCUUAAGAGCAACAACCGGUCUGAGGACGUUAAAGACACGAAGGAUGAAAACGGAGAAACUAUCCUACCCCUUGCCUAUAACAAGGACAAUAUCUUUGCGUCAUCCUAUCAGAUCAUUAUGGACUCCAAUGAUCUGAUUGCUUCCAAUUCUGCAUGGCACCUCAACCUUGAAGCGGAAGCCCGAUUGUUGACACAGCGGGAGCCAACCAAGGACGAGUUGAUCGCUUGGGUCCGCAAAGUCCGCGACAGUGGAUAUGGAUCUCGGAUUGACAUGGCGAGUCGGCGACGCGGUGCCGUCGGGUUCAAGUCUCCGUUUUCGCAAAGAUGCAGAUCAGUAUUGUAG